UCGGAGGAGCGCGCCCGUUGUCGUGGUGCGUUGCGCGCGCCGCGUCACGCGGAAUGCCGGAGAUAUCCCUCCGCGCGUGGCGGCGCACGGGGAGCUCGUGGAGGAGGUUGAGGGGGGGGAGGUCGGGAGCGGUUCCGCGCACAUCGAAGCAGGCGGGCAGCGUCGACUCUUCCACAACACCUCCUCACCCCCCCCCCCGCUACAAACUCUGCCAUCAUAGCGCGCUCUGUCUCUCUCGCCUCUUGCAGGCGAGCAAGCGGUGAAAGGAAUCGCGGGCGUCUAACACAGACAGCGGCAGCAGCGGCGGCAGCAUCAGAGUCGUCACCGCCACCCGCUGCUUCAUGGCUCCACCGCCGCGCACGGAGCCGGGCGGGCGCGAGUGACUCCCCGCCGGAGCGGAUGAUUAUACUAUCACCUCGUCGCUAACGUCGUCGUCGUCGUCAUCAUCAUCAUCUCCUCGUCCCCACCAUCCCGCGGGUGGGAACGGCGGUCACGAGUGGCGCUCCCCCAUCGCCUCUUCGACCAUCGUCUCGGUCGGCAGUCUUUCAUCGCCUCCCUCCCACGUUCUUCAUCUCCUACAUCGUCACCCUUCGCCUCCACCUCCUUCAUACCCUGACCGACGGGGAGUGGCGACGGAGGGCAAGCGACUCCCCCCCCCCCCUGUUCCGCUCUCCCAUCACCACCACCACCUCCAUCAUCAUCAUCAUCCUCCUCCAUCCCCCACCUCUCGCUCACCACACGUCCAUCAUCCCGCAUCACCCUCCAUCAUCUUACUCCUAUCACCUCCAUCACAGCACCGGUGAAGAAGGAGGUCACCGAGACGAGGAGCCGGCAGCAGCAGCAGCAGCAGGAGGAGCAGCAGGAGGAGGUUACCCAGGCUGAAGCUUCCCCACCCUCGACAUGGGCUCCUGCGAGAAGGACUUCGCCUCCACGGCGGCCGAGGGGCCACUGCGGCUGCGGCGGUCGGGCCCCGGGGCCCAGGACGUGCGGGGGGACGCGAGGCUGGGGGGGUCCCGGGGGGUCGUCCUGCACGGGGGGGGCCCCCCCGCCGGGCCGCCUCGAGAGUUCGAGGCCGGGCCCGGGUACCCCGCGGGGCACGGGGACGUCGCGGCCGUGCUCGCUGGGCUCCGCAUCUACGGCGACGGCGGGCACGGCAGGUAUUCCCAGGAGAGCAAGCGCGCCAGCCUGGGCGCCUCCUACGACACCUCCACGCGCAUUGGCGGCGGCAACGGAAUGGCGAUGCCGGGCGGCCCCUCGUCACUCCAGGACCCUCGGCUCGCCGGCAGCCCUCGCUCCAGCCUGGGCCUGCAGCCGUCCGAUCAUCCUCACGGCCUGCCUAGCCCGCGCGGCUCCUACACGGGCCCGUUCGACAAGUACGCCAGCCCGCGGUCCAGCCUCGUGCUGGCGCCGGGCUCUCUGUACGCGAGCCAGCGCGACGACGCGGCCGGCGCGGCCCCCGGCAGCGCCCGCUCUAGCCUGGGCUACGGCGGCGAGCUGCCGGCCAGCCCGCGCGCCAGCCUCAUCGGUCACUCCGCGGAAGCGGCGGGCGGUGCGGCCGCCGCUGUUGCCGCGGCCGCGGCGGCCGCGGCCGCUGCGGUGACGGUCGGCGGCAGCAACCGCACGAGCGGGAUCAGCAUGGGCUAUGACGACCGUUGCCCCGCGAUGAGCCCGCGGUCCAGCACGGGCAGCCAGUACUCGCACGCCGUCAGCCCGCGCGAGAGCUACACCAAUUACACGGGCGACUUCGACGCCUUCCGCGUGCCGCACGGCCUCCACGCGGGCGCCGGACACGUGGGGCUGCAGCAGCUGCAGCAGCAGCAGCAGCAGCACCAGCAGCAGUACCAACAGCAGUACCAGCAGCAGCAGCACCAGCAGCAGCAGUACCAGCACCCGUUCCACGCCGUGGUCAGCCCGCGCUCAAGUCUGUCGAGCCACAGCUCGCGCAGUUCCCGGGGUUCUGGCGCCGGCUACCCCGAGCUGCAGCUGCCGUCACCGCGCUCCUCGCUGGGCCACGAGGAGGCGGUGCCCGUUCCCGUGGAGACGGCGCAGAUGCUGGCGUGCACGCCGUUCAGCCAGCAGAAGGCCUACGCCGCCCACCCGCUCACGAUGUCAGGAAUGGGCGAGCAGGUGGGGCGGCCUCCCCACCGCGGCACGCCCGGCCUCCUGGAGGCGCCGGGCGGCGGGGACGCGACGGCCGCCGAGCGCAAGCUGGAGGCCCUGACGCGGCAGAUCGAGUUGGAGAUGGAGGCGCAGACGAAGGCCGAGUACUUUGGCAUGUGCGUCAAGUGCAACAAGGGGGUGUACGGCUCCAGCCAGGCGUGCCAAGCCAUGGGCAACCUCUACCACACGUCAUGCUUCACGUGCAGCUCCUGCGGUCGGACACUCCGGGGAAAGGCCUUCUACAACGUGACUGGAAAAAUAUACUGCGAGGAAGACUAUCUGUAUUCGGGCUUCCAGCAGAGCGCGGAAAAGUGCUACGGCUGCGGACACCUCAUCAUGGAGAUGAUCCUGCAGGCGCUGGGGCGGUCGUACCACCCGGGCUGCUUCCGCUGCGUGGUCUGCAACAAGUGCCUGGACGGCGUUCCCUUCACCGUGGACGUGGAGAACAAGAUCUACUGCGUGCGCGACUACCACAAGAUGUUUGCUCCGAGGUGCAACGCCUGUGGCCAGCCCAUCCUGCCAGCCCAGGACACUGAAGAAACCAUUCGAGUCGUGUCCAUGGACAACGAUUACCACGUGGAGUGCUACCACUGUGAAGACUGCAGCCUGCAGCUGAGCGACGAGGAGGGGCACCGCUGCUACCCGUUGGACGGGCGGCUGCUGUGCCACGGCUGCCACCUGAAGCGCCUGCGUGGGCAGACGGAGCUCCGUGCCACCAUCCACUGAGCGCCGCCACCUCCCCGCACGGCCACCCGAGACUGCCGGGACGCAGCUCCCCGUCGCUUCCUCCGUUUACGCGUUCACCGAAACCCCCGACCCCCCCUUCCCCGAGAUCCCGGGUCCGCCGGACGGCGAGCGUAUCGCAAAUGCGCUGCCGCUGAAGCUGAAGCGUCCGGGAAGCAGAGACGAUUUGUAAGGGCCAGACUCCACGAGGUGGUUUGGGGGGGGCCCCUCCUGCAACCGGAUGUUUCGCAGGCCCCACGGGGAGCCGCGUAGCAAGCCGGGCUCGCGAGGCAGUCCGCUAGCGAGGGCCACGGCCGCUCUCUCGCACCGCGACAGCAGCGACGGCGACGAUUGGCCGGCGGGGGGCCGCCGUUGAGGUUUUCGGAAACCCCGCCGGUCCCACCGUGCAUCCUGAGGCUCGGGAGAGUUGGCGCGGAGGUGUAAGCGGCGCGACCAUCGAGGGCGCGAUGCGGAGUGGCGCGCACGCGAGCGGGCCGUCGUGCGUGGGUGGCCGUGUCGGCACGUUCGAUGUCUUAAACGCGCCGAAGCGGGACCGCCGUCGCUGCAGUUGCCGUCGGGGAGCAACAGCAGCAGCUGGGCUGACGCUGCGGUACCACUCCCCCCCCCCCCCCGCUCCCCCCGUAGGUCACAGUGCGUUUCCAUCAUCCCCUCCUCUUGCAGGAUCGUAAGAGCUGCGUCGUAACGCAAGCGCAAAGCAAGCGGCGAUGCUGCAGCUGCCGCCUUCCGCAGCGCUUGUGAUUGGAAAGGGAGUUACUCGCGCUAGCGGUAGGAACUCUCUCGUUCGAUUAGAACACUUCUGCAAAGGUCACCGCCGCCGCGUGAUUAUGUGCAGCAAGUCUUUUGGCGCUGUCGCUCUCGAUAUUUCGUCAUCGCGAUUUGUCACGUUGACCCGAGAGUGGGAGUUUGCGCGUUCAGUCCGAGCAGGCCAACAAAUUUUUUUUAAAAAAUUCCGUUCGCUUUUAGUUGUGAGGAUUCCAAGAAAGGGGGUAUGGUGGUCGUUAACGUUAAAAACAAAAACAGUCGUUGCCUUAUAUUUAAUGUAUUGUCAGCUUUUGUGAGCAUCCUGCCCCCACAGUGCGGUUAACUUAAGAUUACAACUUUAUUCAAAUUUCGAAGGAAACAAAUAUUGGCGUUGCAAGAUGUCCCUUGGCAUCUGCUGCCCCAACACAAGUGUAACUGCGCAGACCCCAGAGAUGGGCAACGCAAAGUUCGGAGUCCGAGGGCGCCACGGUGGCGAGAUGUUAACUACCUCGCCUGGUAUACAGGAGGUCGUGGGUUCAGUGCCUGCUGCUGUAUAUUUGCAGCUUGUAAGUUCUCCCCGUGGUCGCAUCGACUUUUCUCCGGGUCCUCUGGUUUUUCCCCUCCACAUUCAAAAUCGACGUGCGUUUAGGGUAUUUUGACUGCUAUAAAUUUCCACAUGAUCAUAAGCCGCCACUGCGUUCAGCUGUCAUCUGUGAAAGCCAAGUCUCUUUUGCGAAAAGAGCUCUACAGCUCAGUGGGCCUUACCUGGUAAACUAAAAAGAUAGUUUAUAUUAUAGUUAUAAACUGGGUGCCGUUCAAAAUAUAAUGUUGUAACUGCCCGAUGAAUUGCUACGCCCUUACCAACUAAGGACUCUGUGACUGUUAAACCGUGCGUGUACAGACCCUCCCUCGCAUUCUUACCAAAGUCCGAAUGUGACUGGCGCAGAAAAUCCUUUUGCAGUGUUUCAUCAAAGC